GUUUAGGUCUCUUCUCAAUGUGAAAGGAUAGGUUUAAGGGACAAAUCUGUAGUGACAGGGACUGGCAGUUGGCUGUGUCUCGGCGAUCCUCUGUGUGAACUGACAAUCAUUUUGCCUUCUGUCUGGACAUUUGGAGGUCUGCUUCUUCUCUUUUAAGAUCACAGCUUGAGACCACAUCUGAAAUAGGAGGAAAGGUCUUGGCUGUGAUUCUUUUAUUACAGUCAUGGCACCAAAGAAGAAGAAUGUUAAGAAAAACAAAGCAGACAUUAACGAGAUGACUAUCAUUGUAGAAGAUAGUCCCCUCAGCAAACUCAAUGGCAUUAGUGGCUUCAUAGAUGGAGGAAAUGGCUUCAGUUACAUCUCGACUGAAGUUACUGACUCUUCUUAUGGCACUAGUCUAAUGGAAGGGCUCAGUAGAAUGAGACAGGAUAGUUUCCUUUGUGACCUAACUAUUGGCACCAAAACCAAAUCAUUUAUGGUUCACAAAGCUGUUAUGGCAUCAUGCAGCGAAUACUUCUAUAACAUUCUGAAGAAAGAUCCUUCAACACAGAGAGUGGACCUCAAUGAUGUAUCACCUUUAGGCUUGGCUACUGUAAUAACAUAUGCUUAUACAGGAAAGAUUACCCUGUCUUUAUACACUAUAGGCAGCACCAUAUCUUCUGCAAUUUAUCUGGAAAUCAAUACUCUAGUAAAUAUGUGCUGCGAUUUUCUGAUGCAAGAAAUCAAUGUGGAGAACUGCAUGUAUGUGGCUAACAUUGCAGAAACCUAUGGACUCAAGAGUACCAAAGAAGCUGCACAGAAAUACAUUCGAGGCAACUUCAUUGAAUUCUCAGAAACAGAUCAAUUCUUGAAGCUAACAUUUGAUCAAAUUAAUGAACUUCUCAUAGAUGAUGACUUGCAGUUGCCAUCUGAAAUUGUUGCUUUCCAGAUAGCAAUGAAAUGGUUAGACUUUGAUGAAAAGAGAAUAAAAUAUGCCUCUGGUCUCUUAAGCAACAUUCGCUUUGGAACAAUCUCAGCCCAAGAUCUGGUCAACUAUGUCCAGUCAGUGCCCAGAAUGAUGCAGGAUGCAGAAUGCCAUAGGCUUUUGGUGGAGGCCAUGAACUAUCACCUUCUACCAUAUCACCAGAACACAUUGCAGUCUAGAAGAACAAAGAUCCGUGGAGGCUCAAGGGUCUUAGUUACUGUUGGGGGCCGCCCAGCAUUGACUGAGAAAUCCCUCAGCAGGGAGAUCCUGUAUAGAGACCCUGAUAAUGGCUGGAAAAGGCUUGCAGAGUUACCAGCUAAAAGUUUUAACCAAUGUGUCACUGUCAUGGAUGGAUUUCUUUACAUUGCUGGUGGUGAAGACCAGAAUGAUGCCCGGAACCAGGCCAAGCAUGCAGUCAGCAAUUUUUGCAGAUAUGAUCCUCGUUUCAACACAUGGAUACAUCUUGCGAAUAUGAUCCAGAAGCGUACCCACUUUAGCUUGAAUGUAUUCAAUGGCCUCCUUUAUGCAAUUGGAGGUCGUAAUUCUGAAGGGUGCUUAGCCUCUGUUGAGUGCUAUGUUCCUUCAACUAAUCAGUGGCAAAUGAAAGCCCCACUGGAAGUAGCUAGGUGUUGUCAUUCCAGCUCGGUAAUUGAUGGUAAGAUCUUGGUUACAGGUGGAUACAUCAAUAAUGCAUACUCUCGCUCUGUGUGUAUGUAUGACCCAUCCAAUGAUAGCUGGCAAGAUAAGGCAGGCCUCAGUACACCCAGAGGAUGGCAUUGUUCUGUAUCACUUGGCGAUAGAGUGUACGUGAUGGGAGGCAGCCAACUUGGUGCGCGUGGUGAGAGAGUUGAUGUACUCCCUGUUGAGUGUUACAACCCUCAUACAGGUCAGUGGAGCUACGCCGCUCCUCUUCAGAAUGGAGUAAGUACAGCAGGUGCCUCAACACUCAGUGGGAAGAUAUACCUGGUGGGUGGCUGGAAUGAAGUAGAAAAGAAAUACAAGAAGUGCAUUCAGUGCUACAAUCCCGAUUUGAAUGAAUGGACUGAAGAAGAUGAGUUGCCUGAGGCUACAGUCGGAGUGUCUUGCUGUACAAUCACAAUGCCUAAUUUUAAAACGCGGGAAUCCAGAGCAAGCUCAGUGUCUUCUGUUCCAGUCAGUAUAUAAAUGAUGAGAAUAAAAAAAUAUUAGCAUCACUAUAAAAAGAAACACAAA